AUGAGUCAAUCUAUUGACCUGGCGAGCGGUCAUCCCUCACCAGCCCUCAUUCCUAUCCAAAAUAUUCAAAAGGCAGCGAAAAAUGCAUUGUCAAACCCUGCCAUAUGGCAACAAGGCAUAAACUACGGUCCGGAUGCCGGCUAUAUGCCCCUUCGACAAAAUCUUUCCCGAUGGCUUGCCAGUUUUUAUGCCUCUGAUCGUGGUGGGAAGAUCGAAAAGCCAGAUGUUGAAAGGAUUUGUGUCACUGGCGGCGCCAGCCAGAAUCUAGCCAGCAUACUGCAGGUGUACACGGACCCUGUGCAAACAAAAAGGAUUUUUGUUGUUGAGCCGGCUUACUUUUUGUCCUUUCGGGUCUUUGAAGACGCUGGAUUUGGGGGCAGACUCAAAGGGAUUCCAGAAGAUAAAGAGGGAAUCAAUCUAGGAGUUUUGGAAGAUGCGCUGAAACAGGAAGUAAACAUACCCUUGCAUGAAGGGAAAAGUCCAAAGUUACAUGCAUUCAAGCAACAAAAACCUUACAGAAAACUGUAUACCCAUGUGAUUUAUUGUGUACCGACAUUCUCCAACCCAUCAGGCAGAAUAAUGAGCCUUCCUCGACGCCAGGAGCUCGUCCGUCUCGCCCGCAAGUACGACGCCCUCUUGAUCGCAGACGAUGUCUACGACUUUGUCUACUGGAAAUCAGAUGCUAGUGUUUCUGCAAAUGUGUCUUUACCGCAUUCCCCUCUGUCUUCAUCGCUCUCCGUCUCGUCAUCAUCAUCAUCUUCUCCUUCUUAUUAUUCUUCAUCCAUAUCGGGCUCGCCUGCUGAGUUCGCAUCCCUCAUGCCACGUCUCGUCGACAUUGACGCGACUUUAGACGGUGGGCCAAUUGAUAACUUCGGCAACUGCAUCAGCAACGGCAGUUUCAGCAAGAUCGUUGGGCCUGGAUGUCGAGUCGGAUGGGCUGAAGGAACUCCCGCGUUCAUUUACGGACUCUCACAAGUAGGAUCCACGCGUUCUGGCGGUGCCCCCUCUCAGCUAGUCUCCACGUUUAUCAGCGACAUGCUCCAAAAUGGAUCAAUCACUGAGCAUAUCCACAACACUCUGGCACCAGCAUACGCAAGACGGUUUUCCAAACUUACGUCGGCAAUUAAGCAAUACCUCGCCCCGAUUGGCGUGACUCUUCCCUCUCUGACCACCGCUGACGAGAGUGACGACCUGUCAAAUGGUGGAUUCUUCAUCUGGCUCCAAUUGCCUUCGCCUCUAAGAGGCAAGGAAGUAGCAGCAGCGGCGUCACUGCAUGGACUCAUUCUGGGUGAAGGGACUUCUUCGGCUCUGCCAGAUGGAAAUGAUCGAUAUGCCGAGUACGAAGAUAUGCUACGGCUAUGUUUUGCCUGCGUAGAUGAAUAUUUGUUGACUGAGGCUAUGAUCAUUUUGCGUCGAGUCGUACUAGAGUGUCUUGCAUCCCACGCUGAGUGA